GAGGUCGCUCAGGUCGGAUGUCGCCUGAGAACCGGAUGAGGCGGCGACCGUGAGGCCGAGCCGGGAGCGGGCGUCGCGCCGAGACCCGGGCGGGCAGGGAGCAACGGCCACGGACGCCGCGGGGCCGGGUCGUUAAGGGUCGGGGGUGGGCGCGGAGCGCCGGGCGCUCGGGCCGGGGCCGCCGGCGCCAUGGGCAACCGCGGAAUGGAAGAGCUGAUUCCGCUGGUCAACAAGCUGCAGGACGCCUUCAGCUCCAUCGGCCAGAGCUGCCACCUGGACCUGCCGCAGAUCGCUGUGGUGGGCGGCCAGAGCGCCGGCAAGAGCUCAGUACUCGAGAACUUCGUGGGUCGAGACUUCCUUCCCCGUGGAUCAGGAAUCGUCACCCGGAGGCCUCUCAUUCUGCAGCUCAUCUUCUCAAAAACAGAAUAUGCAGAGUUUUUGCACUGCAAGUCCAAAAAGUUUACAGACUUUGAUGAAGUCCGGCAGGAGAUCGAAGCAGAGACCGACAGGGUCACGGGGACCAACAAAGGCAUCUCCCCAGUGCCCAUCAACCUGCGCGUCUACUCGCCACAUGUGUUGAACUUAACCCUUAUCGACCUCCCAGGCAUCACCAAGGUGCCUGUGGGGGACCAGCCCCCAGACAUUGAGUACCAGAUCAAAGACAUGAUCCUGCAGUUCAUCAGUCGGGAGAGCAGCCUCAUCCUUGCUGUCACACCUGCCAACAUGGACUUGGCCAACUCAGAUGCUCUUAAGCUGGCCAAGGAAGUUGACCCUCAAGGCCUGCGGACCAUUGGUGUUAUCACCAAACUCGACCUGAUGGAUGAAGGCACAGAUGCCAGGGAUGUCCUGGAGAACAAGCUGCUGCCACUGAGAAGAGGCUACAUUGGUGUGGUGAACCGCAGCCAGAAGGACAUUGAGGGCAAGAAGGACAUCCGUGCAGCACUGGCAGCGGAGAGGAAGUUCUUCCUCUCCCACCCAGCCUACCGGCACAUGGCUGAUCGCAUGGGCACCCCACACCUGCAGAAGACCCUGAAUCAGCAACUGACCAACCACAUCCGGGAGUCACUGCCAGCCCUACGCAGCAAGCUGCAAAGUCAGCUGCUGUCCCUAGAGAAGGAGGUAGAAGAGUAUAAGAAUUUCCGUCCCGAUGACCCCACACGGAAAACCAAAGCCCUGCUACAGAUGGUCCAGCAAUUUGGGGUGGACUUUGAGAAAAGAAUCGAGGGCUCAGGAGACCAAGUGGACACGCUGGAGCUCUCAGGGGGCGCCCGAAUCAAUCGCAUCUUCCAUGAGCGCUUUCCCUUUGAGCUGGUGAAGAUGGAGUUUGAUGAGAAAGACUUAAGACGAGAGAUCAGCUAUGCCAUUAAGAACAUUCAUGGAGUCAGGACUGGGCUCUUCACCCCGGACUUGGCGUUCGAGGCCAUUGUGAAAAAGCAGGUCGUCAAGCUGAAAGAGCCCUGUCUGAAAUGUGUCGACCUGGUUAUCCAGGAGCUAAUCAAUACAGUUAGGCAGUGUACCAGUAAGCUCAGCUCUUACCCGCGAUUGCGAGAAGAGACAGAGCGAAUUGUCACCACUUACAUCCGGGAGCGAGAGGGGAGAACCAAGGACCAGAUUCUUCUUCUGAUAGACAUCGAGCAGUCCUACAUCAACACGAACCAUGAAGACUUCAUUGGAUUUGCCAACGCCCAGCAGAGGAGCACACAGCUGAAUAAGAAGAGAGCCAUCCCCAACCAGGGGGAGAUCUUGGUGAUCCGCAGGGGCUGGCUGACCAUCAAUAACAUCAGUCUGAUGAAGGGUGGCUCCAAGGAGUACUGGUUUGUGCUGACAGCCGAGUCACUGUCCUGGUACAAGGAUGAGGAGGAAAAGGAGAAGAAGUACAUGCUGCCCCUGGACAACCUCAAAAUCCGUGAUGUGGAAAAAGGUUUCAUGUCCAACAAGCACGUCUUUGCCAUCUUCAACACAGAGCAGAGGAAUGUCUAUAAGGAUUUGCGGCAGAUCGAGCUAGCCUGUGAUUCCCAGGAAGAUGUGGACAGCUGGAAGGCUUCAUUCCUACGUGCUGGGGUCUACCCUGAGAAGGAUCAGGCAGAGAAUGAGGAUGGGGCUCAGGAGAACACCUUCUCCAUGGACCCGCAGCUGGAGCGGCAGGUGGAGACCAUUCGCAACCUGGUAGACUCCUAUGUGGCCAUCAUCAACAAGUCCAUCCGUGACCUCAUGCCAAAGACCAUCAUGCACCUCAUGAUCAACAACACGAAGGCCUUCAUUCACCACGAGCUGCUGGCCUAUCUGUACUCGUCAGCAGACCAGAGCAGCCUUAUGGAAGAGUCAGCCGACCAGGCCCAGCGGCGGGACGACAUGCUGCGCAUGUACCACGCACUCAAAGAGGCACUCAACAUCAUUGGGGACAUCAGUACCAGCACUGUGUCCACCCCCGUGCCCCCACCUGUUGACGAUACUUGGCUCCAGAGCACCAGCAGCCACAGCCCCACUCCACAGCGCCGACCUGUGUCAAGCGUGCACCCGCCAGGCCGGCCCCCUGCAGUGAGAGGUCCCACACCAGGGCCACCUCUGAUUCCCGUGCCUGUGGGGGUCGCAGGCUCCUUCUCAGCGCCCCCCAUUCCAUCUCGGCCUGGACCUCAGAGUGUGUUUGCCAACAAUGAUCCCUUCUCAGCCCCACCUCAGAUCCCAUCUCGGCCAGCACGGAUUCCCCCUGGGAUACCCCCUGGAGUGCCCAGCAGAAGACCCCCUGCUGCGCCCAGCCGGCCCACCAUUAUCCGCCCAGCCGAGCCCUCCCUGCUCGACUAGGCCACACAGGGGGCAUUUCCUCGGGGGUCCUCACGUACCCGCGGUGCAGGAGCUUCGGUGGUCUGGGCCCCUCUGCUGCCCCUGGCCCUCCUGCCCCUAUUCUGGGACCAGGCUCCCGUGGGCAACCCCUGCCUCUUCCUCCCUAACUCGGCCCCAGUCAGGGGCUGGCCUGGCCCCCAUUCUGGACUGGACACUAGAAUGAAGGGGCCCCGGAGCCCCAGGCAAGGGGGUUCCAGGGCACUGCACUUUGCGGGGUAGGGUCUCAGGGUGGCAGCAGGAGUAACCACCUUGGAUACCAACUCGAAUGAGGGAUCCCAGCUGUGGUGGCAGGGACUCUGCCAGGAGCUUCUCUGGCCGGAGAUGUUCAUAUAGGAACAGGCUUUCUGGAAGCCGGGGUGCCAAGGGCAUCUGUAUCCCCUAGUCCUUGUGGGACAAGGAGUAUUUCCACCUCUCUCACUGGGAGCUCCCCAGCAGAAGCCAGGCCCAGUGGGCGCAGGACUGCCCACCGGGCCCAAGUUGUACAUAUUCCUUCCUAGGCCAUAUUAACCACAGCCUGAGCCCAGCCUGAGCCCAGCUGGGGCUUGGCUGCCAGAGUUGCCUUCACCAGGCCUGGAACUCAGCCCAGGCCAGCCUCACUCUUUCCUCUCUGGGUGCCCUCCUUCUUCUGGGACCCUCAGGGUGGCUUGGGCUCUGUGUGGGUUGCGGAGGCUUUGGGAGUCUCAGCUCCCGUCAGGCCUCCUCUACCAGGCAGGCCCCGGGCAUCUCUCUCAGAGCAGAACUUCUUGUUCACUCCUUUCUCGGUUUGACCACUGUAAGUGCCUGCACUCUGUAUCCUAUUAAUAAACUAAAAUAAAGGGAAGAACCUUCUGG